AUGAAGGCAGUACGUAAAUGCCGCUCCGACAAGCCUUGGAUGACAAGCAAGAUAAAAUCAUUGAUUAGGAAAAGGCAAACAUGUAUGGCAAAAUAUGGGAAGGAGUCCUCUUCCUUCAAAUUUUGGAGAAAUAAAGUUGCUCAAUCCAUCAAAGAAUGUAAGGAAUCGUAUUAUAAGUCUAAAGUUAGAAACCUAAAAGUCACGGACGCAAGCAAAUGGUGGAGAGAGGUUAAAAAUCUUUCUGGUAUGGCUGACAGAAAUAACCAAUGGUUUGAGCACCUCAUUGAUGGUGAAACUGUAGAUUCCGUUAAUACGUUAUGCGAAAGAAUCAAUCAUUUCUUUGUAAAUCUCACAAAAGAUUUUACGCCUCUCUCACAGGACGAUGUUUCUAACUAUUCUGCUGGUGAUUCUGGUAUUGCGGAUGAUCUCUUGGCUUCAACUGGCAAAGUUUAUAAAUCCCUUUGUUCUUUAAAGACAGGGAAAGCCCCGGGACCGGAUGGAAUCCCGAAUGUAAUUCUAAAAACGUUUGCCUUUGAGUUAGCGCCAGUAAUCGCUGAUAUUUAUAACUCAUCCUUACGUGAUGCCUAUUUGCCUCCUCUAUUAAAGAGAGCAACUGUUACACCUCUUCCCAAACAAUCUCCACCGGGCUCCAUUGAAAAUGGUAUCAGACCCAUCUCACUCACUUGCGAAAUUGCUAAAGUGAUGGAAGGUCUCACCUUAGCGAGAAUCCUGCCAUCCAUUAUAAGUCACUUGGAUAACAAACAAUUUGCUAUGGCUGGAAAAUCUACGCAACAGGCUAUAGUAUAUAUUCUCCAUCUAGCCCUCGAGGCCCUUGACAAGGGUGGUUGCACCCUCCGAUUUUUCUUUGCUGAUUUCCGCAAGGGAUUCGAUCUGAUUGACCACAAGAUUCUACUUGAUAAACUAUCUAAACUUGGCACUCAUAACGUUGUGUUAGGAUGGAUCGCUGCCUUUUUAUAUAAAAGGUCUCAGUUCGUUCGUAUUGGGUCGGAUGCAUCUACACUUCAAUAUAUCAAUGGUGGUAUUCCACAAGGUACUAAGCUUGGCCCGAUCCUCUUUGCCGUAAUGGUGAAUGAACUUUUGUCUGCGUGGGGCCCCCGUGCUAAGUUCGUUGAUGAUCUUACCGCUUUGGAAAUUGUACCUAGAAAUUCCCCUUCCUUGAUGAAUCAUAUCGUGGCAGAUAUACACUCGUUUGCUGAAGUGAACAAUAUGAAGCUGAAUCCUGCCAAGUGUAAAGAUAUGAUUGUUAACUUUCUUCAUUUCAAUACUAGUGUUUUGCAACCUAUCAUCAUUGGUGCAACACGCGUGGAAUCUGUUUCAUCAUUUAAACUGCUCGGAGUGUAUGUUACCAGUGAUUUAACAUGGUCUGUGCAUUGUGAAUACAUUAUUAAGAAAUCCAAUAGGCGUUUAUAUGCGUUGAGGAAGCUUAAGAGGAGUGGGGUAGCCCCAACAGACAUCCUAUGUGUUUAUUGUGCAAUUAUAAGAUCAGUAUUGGAAUACGCUUCUGUCGUUUUCGCCAACCUUCCUCAAAAUCUUAGCGACGAUCUUGAAAGGGUCCAGAAACGAGCACUGGCCAUAAUAUACCCUAACUGUUCCUAUGAUGAUGCCCUAAAACUAGCUGGUAUCGAACCGCUUGUCUUACGGAGGGACGCCGCCUGUAAGAGAUUUGUGGAGACAAUCCUACCUGGAAACCCCACUCUAUCCAAUUGUUCAUAG